CAGAGACCUCACCCCAUUUCCUGUUUAACCACAGACCCCAAUUGCCAGGAAACCAGCAGGUUUUCCCCUAAAAUGAGCCGAAACCGGAGAUUUUUAGUGUCUGCAUCUCAGCCGGCAGCAGAGGAAAUCGAGCAAAGCCAAGGAGAAGAAGCAGAAGCGCCUGGAGGAGCGAGCGGCCAUGGACGCCGUCUGCGCCAAGGUGGAAGCUGCCAACAAACUUGAAGAUCCCCUGGAAGCUUUCCCAGUUUUUAAGAAAUAUGACCGGAAUGGUUUGAACGUCGUCAUCGAAUGCAAACGAGUCUCCGGGCUGGAACCCGCCACCCUCGACUGGGCCUUCGACCUCACCAAGGCCAACAUGCAGACGCUGUACGAGCAGAGCGAGUGGGGCUGGAAGGAACGGGAGAAACGGGAGGAACUUCGGGACGAACGAGCCUGGUACCUCAUCGCCCGCGACCCCAGCGCCGCCCCCGUCGCCUUCUCCCACUUCCGCUUCGACGUCGAGUGCGGCGACGAGGUCCUCUACUGCUACGAGGUGCAGCUGGAGAGCAGAGUGCGGCGGCGAGGUUUGGGCAAAUUCCUCCUGCAGAUCCUCCAGCUGGUGGCCAACAGCACCCAGAUGAAGAAGGUGAUGCUGACGGUCUUUAAACACAACCACGGCGCCUACCAGUUCUUCCGAGAAGCGCUCCAUGCGCUGACAACGUGCCGGGGCCGGGACGGGGAAGGGGCAGCCGAGAGAGGUGGGUGAUUUUGGGGGUGUCCCCCCCCCUCUCGGCGACAGGG